AUGAAUUACCAGACCCUCAAUAUGGCAGGUGAUGCCUCCUCAUUACGGCCGGAGGCUGCAGAAAGACCACCUUCGCCUGGCCAGGUCGCUGAUCCCAGCGACAACGUCACAGUGCCGAGCUCCAAACGAGCACCAACUACCUCCGCUCAGAGCUUCACACCCCGCUCACUAGCCGUCGGUCUGAUUAUUGGCGCCCUGAUCACCUUCUCCAAUACCUACUUCGGCCUCCAGACAGGAUGGAUCAGUACUAUGGCCAUGCCGUCGGCCUUGAUUGGCUUCUCGGUCUUCAAAGUCUUGACCAAGUACCUGUCUUUCCCGUUUACUCCGAUCGAGAACGUCCUAAUUCAGACUGUGGCCGGAGCGGUGGGGACUAUGCCGUUGGGUUGCGGAUUCGUUGGUGUGAUUCCCGCCUUGGAAUUCCUGCUUAAGGACGGCGAGGAUGGGCCGAAGGGCGAUGGCGGGGAGGGUGAGGGCGGCCCGCUCAAAUUGGGUUUUUGGAAAUUGGUGGUUUGGAGUCUUGGGGUUUGUUUGUUCGGUGUCGUCUUUGCUGUACCGCUACGGAAAGAAGUCAUUGUGCGUGAGAAGCUGCGAUUUCCAAGUGGUACUGCUUCUGCAUUGAUGCUGCGGGUCCUACAUGGCGCCGGAAAAGACGAGAAGACGCCCAUGGAUGCCCAGGGUCGCUCGAGUGGACUAGGCGAGGCCACCGUGAACAGCCAUCAAUCUCAAGAAGACGAACAGCAGGGUCUAUUGUUGAAAGAUGCAGACACCGAAGACCAGUCAUUGGAUAAGAAAGACUGGCGAUCAAAGAUGCGUCUUUUGAUUGGUGCUUUCGUGGUGUCUGGUAUAUAUACCCUUUUCUCAUAUUUCGUCCCUCUAGUUCGUGAUAUCCCUUUGUUCGGGUUGGGACUGGCCCAUAAUUGGCUAUGGACUCUCAAUCCCUCACCCGCGUAUAUCGGCCAGGGUAUCAUCAUGGGCCCAUCAACCUGCAUGCACAUGCUUUUCGGAGCAGUGCUGGGUUGGGGAAUCCUUUCCCCACUGGCUAAGGCUCGCGGCUGGGCCCCAGGGCCUGUGGAUAGUUGGGACGAUGGGAGCAAGGCAUGGAUUGUCUGGAUCUCUUUGGCCAUCAUGCUUGCAGACUCACUCGUCAGCCUCGGAUGGCUGGUCCUCAAGCCGAUUGUUAGCCGAGCUCCCAGGUGGAUCGCUUUCCUCCGAUCUACUCGUGCUGGACAAUGGAUUGCAGUACGACUGGAGUCAUCAGGCUCACACGAGCACUCAUAUAUCAAUUAUUCCGCACUGGAUUCUGGUAACCAUCAACUCGGCCAUGAAAAUUUGGACGGUGUUCAUGUGCAGGUCACGACAGAUACGGACGAAGACGAAGAUGCGCCUCCUGACCAGCUUAUCUCUACCCGCACGGUGGUGAUUCUACUUCCUUUAACUCUGAUCUUGAACGUCAUCUGCAUGCAUUAUGUCUUCGGUGACAUAAUUUCUCCAUGGCUGUCCAGCCUGGCUACAAUACUUGCAGUCCUCCUUUCUAUCAUGGGAGUGCGUGCGCUUGGCGAGACCGAUCUCAACCCGGUUUCAGGCAUCAGCAAGCUCACUCAACUACUUUUCUCACUCGCAACGCCAGCCUCACACUUCUCCCGCCGAACAGCCUUAGUCACAAAUCUCCUUGCUGGCGCUGUGUCCGAAUCCGGUGCCCUACAAGCCGGCGACAUGAUGCAAGAUCUCAAAACCGGCCAUCUCCUCGGUGCAAGCCCCAAAGCCCAAUUCUACGGCCAAAUAAUCGGCAGUCUUGUCGGUGCCGUACUCUCAACAGCCGUGUACAAAAUGUACGUCAACGUCUACGAAAUUCCAGGAGAAAUGUUCCAGACACCCACCGCCUACGUCUGGAUCUUCACAGCUCGCCUCGUCACGGGCGAGGGUCUACCAAACAUGGCAUGGCAAGUAUCCGUCAUCGCAGGCCUUAUCUGGGCCAUUCUCACAGCCGUGCGAAUCACAGCCGCAUCGCCUGCCUUCGCACCUAACGGUCAACCCCCAGCCUGGCGAAACUGGAUUCCCGGCGGUAUCGCCGUGGCAGUUGGUAUUUUCAACGUCCCAUCUUUCACACUGGCUAGAGCCAUCGGCGGCAUGAUUGCAUGGUGGUGGGCACGGAAGCACGCCCUCCCUACCCGCCGGCCUAGCUCUAGUGAUAUCGCGGAUGGAAUUAAUUCUUCUUCUGCGGAUGGGCCUUCGGCGUUACAAUCUGGGCAAGGUGAUACUUCCUCGGCGGAAGAGGCGACCGCCAAGGCAGAUGCGGCUUCUUCGACUGUCGUUGUCCUGGCGUCUGGUCUCAUUCUUGGUGAGGGAAUUAUGAGUAUUGUGAACCUUCUUCUUGCAAGUGGUCGGGUUCCACAUCUAUAG